AGCGCUAGAAGCAGCUUCGGGUUUUUAUUUUUUAUUUUUUGGUACUUUUGCAGGGCAAGGGUGCGCAGGCGCAGUGGAGGAGUUUUCCAGUAGGAGUAGUCGUCGCGUAUUAAGUUGCUGCUCUAUGUCCCAGGAGAGGAAGCUAGAGAACUGAGCGUCUGGUCACCAACUUGCUCUUUACGAGAUCUACUGAACCAGAAAAGUUUGUGAACAGAGCUUCCUGAGUUUUGGAAGACCAAGGCUGGCAGCGUAGGGACACAGAGGAGGCUGGAGGGAGCUUCCUCCAUGGAGCCCACUCAGGUUGCAGAGAACCUUGUCCCAAACCAGCAACCUCCUGUUCCUGACCUAGAGGAUCCUGAGGACACCAGAGAUGAGUCCCCAGAGAACUCAGACACUGUCGUCCUCAGCCUGUUCCCCUGCACCCCAGACGCUGUGAAUCCUGAAGCAGAUGCCAGUGCAUCCUCACUGCAGGGAAGUUUCUUGAAGCACUCCACAACCCUCACAAACCGGCAACGUGGGAAUGAGGUCUCAGCUCUGCCAGCCACCCUGGACUCCCUUUCUAUCCACCAGCUUGCAGCCCAAGGGGAGCUGAGCCAACUGAAGGAUCAUCUGCGGAAGGGUGCGUGUCCUGCCUGCACAUGCCUGUCUGGAAACAACCUGAUCAACAAACCGGAUGAGCGUGGCUUCACCCCCCUCAUCUGGGCCUCAGCCUUUGGAGAAAUUGAGACAGUUCGCUUCCUGCUAGACUGGGGUGCUGACCCCCACAUCCUGGCCAAGGAGCGGGAGAGCGCACUGUCACUUGCCAGUAUGGGUGGCUACACGGACAUCGUGAGGUUGCUGCUUGACCGUGACGUGGACAUCAACAUCUAUGACUGGAAUGGAGGAACACCACUGCUCUACGCUGUGCGUGGGAACCACGUGAAGUGUGUGGAGGCCUUACUGGCCCGGGGUGCUGACCUCACCACAGAGGCUGACUCUGGCUACACCCCAAUGGAUCUCGCAGUGGCCCUGGGAUACCGCAAAGUGCAACAGGUGAUGGAGAGCCACAUCCUCAGAUUGUUCCAGAGCACCCUGGGGCCUGUGGACCCCGAGUGAAGACAGCCUGCUGGGAACCCAGGCACUCAGGGACAGUCAGCCCACAACUGGCUUGAAAGGCAGCUCCUGGACAGUGGUGGGAAGAGCCCUCCGCAACAGGAACCAAUAAAUCUGUGCAGAACUUGAAGGUCUUCAGGGUGCCUCCCAGGGGGGCUUCCUGGAAGAAUAGCCGCUUCUCACCCUGCCUUCUCACCCAGCACCCGCAGGUGGUAGAUGACUACACGGCCAAAAAAGUCGGUGGUGUCCUCAAAAGUCAACUUCAGUCGGUCCACCUCCAUUGUGGGGAUGGAGAAGGUGUGACUUCUUGCAGUCAAGGAAAUGGUGGUUUUAUCUCUGACCCAUCAGGCCCCACCUUCCCAGUCCAGAGACCACCCGAUGGGCCACUGACUAAAGGCUCUUGAUUCUCAUACCCAGCAAGAAAUCAAUAGCACCUUUUUUUCUUUUUCUUUUAAAUAUGGGGGUCUCAGGUAACCCAGGCUGGCCUCAAACUGUAGUUGAGGCUGACCUUGAACUCCUGAUCUUCCUGCUGCCCCUCCAGGGCACUAAAGCACAGAGAAGCAGUUCCUACUCCUGCGGAGGAGGUCAAAGCUUUGAUUCUUUUGAGACAGGGUCUGGUCCAAGCUGGCCUGGCAUUCUGGAUCCUCCUGCCCCAGCCUCCCCAGUGCCAUUACCACCACACCCAAAGACCUGAAGCUUGUAGAAAACCAGAUCCCUCCCACCACAAGACAGGCAGGAUAUCUGAAGGGCAUUGGUGUCCUCAGGGUAGAAAUCUACAAUCUUGCUGAGUGCCUCCCCACCCCGUGAACCUGCAAUGGAGAAAUGGGCUAAGAAUCCAGGGAACCCUGUGGACACCCCACCUCUCAGCUUUCUUGUACCUUCCAGGCAGCUGUGGCGACUGGAGAAGCCACCCUGGAACUGCACCUGCAGCUGUGUGAUCUGAACACACUGGGGAAACUCGAGUGACACCCACUGGGAGGGGCCCUGGAAGCAGAGGGAUAAACUGAGGCACUUGGUAACUGCAAGGUUAGGGCCCUAUGAUGUUCUGUUCAUCUUUCUUUCUUUUUUUUUUCCCCAAGACAGGGUUUCUCUGUGUAGCUCUGGCUGUCCUGGAACUCACUUUGUAGACCAGGCUGGCCUCGAACUCAGAGAUCCACCUGCCUCUGCCUCCCAAGUGCUGGGAUUAAAGGCGUGUGCCACCACUGCCCGCCUUUUUUGUUUGUUUGUUUUUUGUCUGUUCAUCUUUCAAGUGUCACUGCCACGGCCAGCACAGGAAGGGUACAAGCACACUGUGCUUUCUAGUCUCCCCAGAGAUCUCAAGGCACCCUGUAACCUUGCAUCUUCUACACCCCUACACUUGGAAUGAAGGGGUAUAGAAGCACCUCACCUGGUCAGAGUUCCAGCACGUCUCUUCAUCCUGGUCAAAAAGAUGUUUCUUUCCAAAUUGCCGGCUGUUGCGAUUGAGCACAGAACUGACCCUGCAGGACAGGACCAGGUUAGGGGCCUCAACACUUGGACAUCCUUGCUGUGAGCCACCCACCAGGCCGGCCGGCCCCACACCCAAGAACUCUGCUACCAACAGCCAGGAACUUAACUACCAGACCGCACCCCCAGCCAGGGAACAGAUGCACCAGGCAACACACCACUUAAACCACGGGACUCUACCACCUGGCUCCGCCCCCAGGCUGCUCCAGGUUCCUGAUUCUGGACCCCAGCUAGCUGCCAUCUGGGCCUCGUCUCCACAACUCAGCUCCCAGUUCUUCCGCCCCCGCGCCCAGAUCUACACUGAGUCUCACCUGCUCACAGUGUCCGGACAAACCAAAGACUGAGUCAUCACAGUUCUAGGAUGACUCGCGGAACGCGAGUUCGAAGCCCGGCGCUGCCACUCCCAACUUGAUCUAGCGGCCACACUCCCUACCCCCGGCCACCUCUAUAUGACAAGGUGGGCGAUCUGGGAACCGGAGGAACACUAAAAGCAGCUUUCUAAACCAACCGAGCCCCAGCGGCUCUGCAGAUCUACGAACCCGGAACCGCGUGCGGAUAGCGCACGCGCAGUGCUACACAGACACUGUUCCGUUCGCGGGGCCGGGGCGGGGUUUAUGGCACCUCCCCUUCGCCUCUUAAAGGGCCCUCACACUGAGGUUUCUGGUUCUGUUGAACUACACACCUAGUGGCUACAAAAUGUUCCCAUGGCCUUCCUGUGAUCAUGUCUACCUGCAGAAGGCCUUGCUCGCCGUGGAUGCAGCUUGGGAGCCCUGCACCCCAUUGCCUUCCAAAGAGGCCAAAAUAAAUGUUGAAGAGGCCGUGCUACUGGGUGCAUCAGUCACCCCCAGCCCUUGCGUCCUGCUCCGACCCUAAAUCCAUCUCCUGCAGGGCUUACGUUUCAUGCUAACAUGGACAGUAGCAGAUCUGCCUAAUAUAUUUUUGAGACAGGGUCUCGUGUAGAUUUGGCUGCCCGGAAUUUGCCUCGCAGGUAAUGGCCGCCUAGACUCCCAGAAAUCCUCCUGCCUCUGCCUCCUGAGCCCUGGGAUUAAAGGCAUGCACCUUCACGCCCCGUAUUGGGAUUAAAGUAUAUUUUUUAAUUAAAAAC